AGUUUCUAGGUCACGUGAUUUUGUUUACAGGAAAGCUCCCUUUAGCAACAACAUGCUAACGUUUGCGUCUUUGAAUGAGCUUUAAAAGAAGGAUUGUUGAUAUACUUGUUAGUUUUUGAUUAAAUCUUCUGCUUCUGAAAUGUUUUUAUUUUGACUUUAGGUUUUUGGAGGAUUUUAAAUCAAAUAAAACUAAAAUUUUAGAUGUUUUCUCAGCUGAUCGGAACCUGAAGCCGAACACAUGCGGUCCUUGAACUUUGUCCACCGGAUCAGUCUGGACUUCACCGGAACCAUUUUCCCCCACGCGAUCUGUUUGGGAGACGCAGAUAACGACUCGCUGAACGAGCUGAUCAUUGGAGACACCAGUGGAAAGCUGCUGGUCUACAAGAACGAUGACUCCAAGCCGUGGAUCACCAGAACCUGCGUGGGCAUGCUGACCUGCGUUGCCGUUGGAGACGUCUGCAACAGAGGAAAGAACCUGGUGGUCGCCAUGGGCGCGGAAGGAUGGUUUCACCUGUUCGACCUGACCGCCGCCUCUGCCAGUAAAUCGGACUCCUCCAGCCAGCACGAGUUCCUGUCGUGUGACGAGCAGAGGCCGUUCUUCACCCAGCACAUCCCGGCCAACACCAAAGUCAUCCUCAUCAGCGACAUCGAUGGAGACGGACGCUGCGAGCUGGUGGUGGGUUACACGGACCGAGUGGUGCGAGCUUUCCGCUGGGAGGAGCCGUCCGACGGCGCGGACGCCGGAUCGGGUCAGCUGGUUCUGCUGAAGAAGUGGCUGCUGGAGGGGCAGGUGGACAGUCUGUCGGUGAACCCGGGUCCGGAGGGCCUCCCGGAGCUCAUGGUGUCCCAGCCGGGCUGCGGGUACGCCAUCCUGCUGUGCACCUGGACGCAGCAGGACUCCACAGAGUCCGAGGACGAGGACCCGGCCUCGCCCGGCAGCGAAGGCCCGUCCAGAGACGUACUUCUUCAUCUGACCACCGGGCGGAUCCACAACAAGAACGUCUCCACUCACCUGAUCGGAAACAUCAGCAAAGGCUCCAAAGAGGAAUCCUCCAAAUGUGGACUGUUUGCUCUCUGCACUCUGGACGGAACCCUGAAGCUGAUGGACAGCUCGGAGCAGCUGCUGUGGUCGGUUCAGGUGGAUCAUCAACUUUUUGCUCUGCAGAAGCUGGACGUCACUGGCGACGGCAGAGAGGAGGUGGUGGCGUGCGCGUGGGACGGUCAGACCUACAUCAUCGACCACAACCGAACCGUGGUGCGCUUCCAGUUCGAGGAGAACGUGAACGCCUUCUGUGCUGGUCAGUACACCUGUAAGGAAGGCAAAAACAGCCCCUGUCUGGUCUACGUGAGCUUCAAUCAGAAGAUCUACAUCUACUGGAAGGUGGCGCUGGAGCGCAUGGAGUCCACCAACCUGAUCCGAGUUCUGGAGGAGAAAGCCGACUUUAAGAACCACCUGAAGGCGUUGGGAGUUGAUGCAGAGGAUUCAGCCGCAGUGAAAGACCUGGUGGCCUCUGCGCUGUACCGUCACGCCUCACAGUGACACAUGCCAACACGCAGCCUCGCAUUGGACUGUAAAUACUGCACAAAUAAAGUGGGACUGCUGCUCCUGUCGCCUGCCGCCGCCGUCGUUUGUGUUCCCUGCUGAAGGACGAGUCGGGCUCUGGUUUCUGAGCUGGCGGUUAUCUCAAAGCUGCACGCCGCUUCAGUCAUUGGUAUUCCGUCUGACUCGGUUGCCGUUAACAAGUUGAACGCGUGAGGUACAAUGCAGGGGGAAAGCUGAACCCCCUGAACUGCUGAAGUGCCAGAGGAUGAGCUGCAGAGUUUCCUUCAUCUGCAGGGAAAUGAAGGCCCGCAGACGAAAAGGCUGAGCAGCAGAGGGAUUCUGGGAAAUCCCCCACUGUUCCUCUGGGGAGGAUCCUAUAACCACCUGUGUCGACUGCCUCUGUCUUCCUCAUACAAUAUUAAUGGGAGGGGUGUUUGUGUGGCUGGAAGGGGGGUUAGGCUCAGGUGUCCCGCCGGGACUCCGCCUCUCAUCUGUUCUGUGUGUUUUGGCCUUUAGAGAUGUGAGCGGUUCAUGGCUUCUGCUCUCAGUUCCACCACCCGAAAGAACAAUAAACAAACGUUUGGUCCGUU